AUGAGCGAGUACCUCGUCUCUCAAAAUUCUAUGGCCAGCUCUACUAGUGUUUUAAAAGACCGUGAGUUAUCUCUAGAGGAUACGGAUGGGCCAAUUGAUGAGAAGUUGUCUGGACGAGAUGGAGAACGUGCGGACACCUUCCCAACCAUCAAGCUCGUUCUUCCAGAAACAUCGCACGAAAUCACAAUGAACGGUAAUACAUAUGGAAUCAGGGUCGAAGAGGCCCCCAGGCAAUAUCCCUACGGUGCUAAAGCAGUGGCUUUCAACAAAGCUUCUGACUUUUGCAAUGCUUCUACAAUCCGCUUAAAGAUCACCACCGAGGAAAGCCUGCAGGCAUUUCUGAUUCACGAAAAUAUUCUUUGCGACGCCUCUCCCGUGAUGAAAGCUGCUUUGCAGGGCGGCUUCCUGGAGUCCAAGAGUAAUGUUCUGAAGAUUGAUAAUGUCUCUAUCGAAACUAUGAACGACCUCGUCAAUUGGCUCUACUCAAGGGCGAGGCUCAUAUAUAGCCCAGACCUAGAUGGACCCGAAUCUUGGAAUAUGUUCUACUCGAGACUCGCUCUCCUUUACAUAGUGGCUUGCAAAUACAUGAUCUCUGAUUUGAUAGCGGCCAUUGAGUACGACAUUGCUGCCGCAAUGGAUACGGCCAUGAGAUUUCUGGACGUGCGCUGCAUGCUUAACACAAGCGUGGCCACCAUGAUAUAUGAGAAUACUCCGGCAACGUCGCAGUUUCGGAAGCUUAUCGCCGCCCUCGAAGUCGUAUAUGCGCAGUGCCAAUCGGACGAUAGCGAGAAAUGUCAAGAAUGUGCGUCUAUGUGUCCGGAGUAUGCCGCGGACUUACUCUCAAAAUCUAUAAUCCGAACAAAGGCCGGUCGGAACUUGUGCUAUAUUCACGAAUUGUUAGGCCGAAAAUCAUCCAAUCAUUGA